AUGGACACCAGCGGAGACCAACCCAAGGGGAGCUCGCUCUCGGGCAUGGUUUCGACCCUCGCCCCGGUUGCUGUGGUCUCGGGUAUUUACUUCGCCAUCUUCGUGUUCCUGCGAAAGAGCCAGAGGCGCUACUAUGCCCCGAGAACGUAUCUCGGGAGCAUCAGGGAGGGCGAACGUUCGCCUGCCCUGCCCAACGGCCUGUUCAACUGGAUCGGGACCUUCUGGAAGAUCCCCGACAUCUACGCGCUCCAGCACCAAUCCCUCGAUGCUUACCUGUACCUCCGGUACUUGCGCAUGGCGCUCGUGCUGUGCUUUGUGGGCUGCCUCAUCACCUGGCCGGUCCUGUUCCCCGUCAACGCCACGGGCCACGGCAAGCAGAUUCAGCUCGACAUCCUGUCGUACGCCAACAUUGACCAAAAGACCGAGUACAACCGCUACUAUGCGCACACCUUUGUGGCGUGGCUGUACUUUGGCUUCGUCAUGUACAUGAUCAUGCGCGAAUGCAUCUUCUACAUCAACCUGCGCCAAGCCUUCCUGCUGAGCCCCUUCUACUCGGACCGCAUCUCGUCGCGGACCGUGUUGUUCACCUCGGUGCCGACGCCGUACCUCAACGAGGCUGCGCUGCGCAAGGUCUUUGGCGCCGCCGUUAAGAAGGUCUGGAUCACGGCCGACACCAAGGAGGUUGACAAGGUUGUCGGAGAGCGCGACAAGGUGGCCCUGCGUCUCGAGAACGCCGAGGUCAAGUUGAUCAAGCUGGCCAACAAGGCUCGUCAGGCAUCCCUCAAGAAGUCAGGCGCUCCCGCGGCCGACGAGACCGAGACGGCCCCGGCCGCGCUCGACGCCGAGUCCGGCAGCAUCGCUGCCCGCUGGGUUCCCCAGAAGAAACGCCCGACUCACAAGCUCGGACCCCUGGGUCUCUUCGGCAAGAAGGUCGACACGAUCAACUGGUGCCGCGCCGAGCUGGAAAGGCUCAUCCCCGAGGCCGAUGCCGCGCAGGGCAAAUAUCUCACGGGCGGCAACAAGAACAUCCCCGGCGUCUUCAUCGAGUUCCGCACGCAGGCCGACGCCGAAGGCGCGGCCCAGAUCCUCGCCCACCACCAGGGCCUACACAUGGGCCCGCGCUUUGUCGGCAUCCGCCCCGAGGAGGUCAUCUGGAAGUCGCUGGCCAUCCCCUGGUGGCAGCGCGUCAUUCGCCGCUAUGCUGUCGUCGCCUUCAUCUCGGCUCUGAUCCUCUUCUGGGCGAUACCCGUGGCGGUUGUGGGCAUCAUCAGCAACGUGGAGUACCUCGAGUCGAUCUCGUUCCUGACGUGGCUGAAGAAGAUCCCCGACGUCAUCAUGGGCGUGGUGUCGGGCCUACUGCCGUCGGUGCUGCUCUCGGUGCUCAUGUCGCUCGUUCCGAUCGUGAUGCGGCUGUGCGCCAAGCUCGCCGGCGAGCCGUCCGAGUCGAGGGUCGAGCUGUUCACGCAGAACGCGUACUUUGCCUUCCAGGUCAUCCAGGUGUUCCUGGUGGCUACCCUCGCCUCGUCGGCCACCGCGGUCGCUAAGCAGAUCGUAGACAACCCGGCCAGCGUCACGAGCAUCCUGGCUAACAACCUGCCCAAGUCGUCGAACCUGUACAUUUCGUACUUUAUCGUGCAGGGUCUGACCAUCGCCACCGGCGUGCUGACCCAGGUCGUCGGCUUCUUCGUGUUCACGCUGCUGUACAAGCUGCUGGGCACUACGCCGCGGUCUAUGUACACCAAGUGGUCAAACCUGAGCGCCAUCUCCUGGGGCAGCACCCUGCCGGUGUACACCAACAUUGUCGUCGUCGCCAUCACGUACUCGUGCAUCGCCCCCCUGAUGCUCGGCUGGGCCACGGUGGCCAUGUUCCUCUUCUACUUUGCCUGGCGGUACAACGUCUUCUUUGUGACCGACACGCAGAUCGACACGCGCGGCCUGAUCUACCCGCGCGCCAUCAAGCAGCUGUUCACGGGUAUCUACAUCGCCGAGAUUUGCAUGAUUGGCCUGUUCGGUGCCUCGGUCGCGCCGGGCCCGCUCGUGCUCAUGGUCAUCUUCCUCGUCUUCACCGUUCUCUUCCACAUCUCGCUCAACUCGGCCCUCAACCCGCUGCUGUACCACCUGCCGCUGACCCUCCUGGCCGAGGAGGAAUCGGCCCGUCUGCUCGGCGACGAGGAGAAGGGCGGCGCGCCGGCCGGCCCCGUCAGCAGCACCACCAAGGAAGCCGCGGCGACUAACGGUGCGGGCGCGGCCGACAUCAACGGCGAUGGCACGGUCGACCCGACGGAGGCGCACGUGCAGCAGGCGCGCGACGCCCACAACGCGAUCAAGCCGGGCAACAUCCUCACGCGGUUCCUCAAGCCGUGGAUCUUCUCGGACUACGCGACGCUGCGCAACCUGGUGCCGCGCGGCCAGCAGCUGGAGCCGUACUCGGACGAGGUCGCCGCCAACGCGUACUACCCGCCGACCGUGACCGCCAGCGUGCCGCUGCUGUGGAUCCCGUCGGAUGCGUCUGGGGCGGGCGUCUCGCGGCAGGAGGUCGAGCACACGUCGCGGGUGCUGCCCAUUACGGACGAGGGGUGCGAUUUGGAUGAGAAGGGCAACCUGGUCUGGGACCGCGAGGGCACGCGGCCGCCUGUCUGGGAGGAGAAGAUUUACUACUAG